GCUGAUUAGCGCUGAUUGGAAAAGCGGAGGCAUCACUGACUAAUCCAAUUUAGUGCCCUCGCGGUGGAAACGGCAGCAAAAGUAUCCCGCUGACGAUGAGAGGACAAAUAUUGUGUCUUUUGGCUGUCUUGAUGCUAAUGUAUGCUCAAGGUGAGGAAGAGGAGCAGCUGGAGCAGAUGAUGGAGGCGGCAGGUCUCGGGGAAGAGGAGGAAUCGCUGCAGUGUUUCCGUUGUGACCUUGGCUUCUGGGACGCAUGCUACACCACGGAAACCAACUGCAGCCUCGGGGAACGAUGCUUCACGGGCCGCGGGAAGGCAGUUGACGUCCUGGAUGUAAAGACACUAGGCUGUGUGAAAGCAGAGGAGUGUAAUGUGGAGACCACCGUGGAGCUCGUCUCCAAGAACACCGUCUUUGUCAUGACCAAACACUGUUGCGACACCCCCUUCUGCAACGCUGCAUUUAAGCUGACGGCUGACAAGCUGUCGAGCGUCACUGCAGCCUUCCUGAUGUCCUGGUGCGUCGCAGGGAUCUCGACACACUGAGAAGCCAACGUUUAUUCAUUGUGUGUGUGUGUGUGUGUGUGUGUGUGCUGCCAAUAUGGGGGGAAGAUAACAAAUCAUCAGUGACACAGGUUUUUGCAUGGACAGUUGCAAAACAAAUAUCAAAACAUA